CCGAAUAGAAAUGACAUCUCAGUUUGACCACAAAGAGGAACCAGAUAGCAUACAGAUCAGCAGCAGAGGAGAGAAGUCUCACACAACGUCUUGUCUGCUGACAGAGAAUGGACGCCAAACGUCUACUGGAAUUAAUCCUUAUUUUUGUGCUUCACUUUCAAGGCAUCAGUGGAAGAGUUUCCUUUCUCUAUAAGAGACCUGGAGAAGAAGUAGUUCUGUCCUGUACCACUGAAUCAUCCUCCCCCCCAAUAUGCUCCAUUGUUACGUGGUUUUACCACAGAGAUCAACCUGAGACUCUCAUUGAGGUCAGGAAUGGAAAAGUUACAGAGAGAUCAGCCCGAGCUGCCAGGCUGAGUGUGAACACUGACUGCUCUUUGGUCAUUAACACCAUCACUGCUGAGGAUGCUGGUCAAUACAACUGUCGGCAGGGGGAAGACACUAAUACAGAUGUAGAUAUAUAUCUAAGUGUUCUGACAAUGUCUCCAUAUCCACCAGACGCUGAUCCAAAGAGGGACGGUCAAGUCACAUUAGAGUGCUCUCUGUUUAGUAUAAGCUACCGUCCUUGUCUAGAGAACAGCAUCCGCUGGGUGGAUGAGACAGGAGCUGAGCUGCUUGAUGAAGGUGAUGGGUACCGUGUCUUCCAACAGACGGACUGUGUCUCCUUUCUGACUGUGAAGCGUCAGAGUGGCCACAACAGGAAGUACACCUGCCAGCUUGUUGAUAAGCAGAAGAAUGUAAAGAUAGAGGCUGACUACCCACCUGACUUCAACGAUGAUCCUCCUCCUAAUCAGAUCUACAUCAUCAUCGGGGGUGUGGUCGGGGCAGUGGUAGUGCUGGUCGUCAUCGCCGCUGUUCUCAUCAUAUACAGGAAGAGAGCCAACGUGACAGAGGAUGUUCUGAAACCAACUCAACACCCUGACGAGCCAGAGAGCAAUCUGACCUAUGUCACUGUAAACCAUGCUAAUCAGCAGGCCUCUUCUUACAGAAAGGUCAAAGAGGAGGUGACGUAUUCUGCAGUCAAAAGUCAGAAGACAGAAGCAGACGAGGAUCCCUGCAAUCUCUACAGCAAUAUCAGAAAACCUUCUGACUUCUCACCAUGA